AUGCGACCAUUUUCCGCCUCAUUUUUAUCAACUGUAACACUUCUGGUUUUAAACCAGACAACAACGUCAACAACUGCCGCCGCUAAGACUAUGUUUGACGGAGCUGAGACAAUGGGUAUAAAUCCACACGUCGAUGUAAGUGAGACAGAUCUCGAUUAUACACUUUCCUUUUGGUUUACUGCAGCAGAAACCGGUCCGCUAGUUAUAUGUACUUUGCGUGAAGCAGAUAAACGAUUCUGCUCAAGCAUCGCAAUUAUGGUGAAUGGACGCAGCGAGUUUGCUCUUCACGAAAUGAACAGCGGUUCAACUAAUGUAUUACUCCCUAUUGAACUGAAAGCGAACGAAUGGUAUCAUCUAUGUUUAAAACAGAAUUCAGUAGCUGCAGCAUUUCAUCGAGAGCAAGAACUAUGGAUUAACGGACUUUUAUGUGUGAAAGGCAAGUUCUAUAUGAAGUAUGGUAUCACGGAGCUAAAUUUUAGACAACUACUUCAUCGCGGAUGUUGUCUUGCUGAUAUUUGUAUGUGGAAUCGAUGUUUGACAAAACUGGAAAUUUGUGCAAUUGCUGGGCAAGGUAGAAAAGUUGAUGAUGUCAAUGUGGCCGAGUAUUUGGUCGAAAAAGUGUUACAUCAAAACAUCUGA